UCUAAUGGGUGUUUUGUGUGACUGCUAGUCUGCGUAGCUCUGCUGGAUCGUCGCGGUUCGUGUAGUUAAAACGAGUGUAAAUUCAAAAUGAACCGCAUAUUCGGCAGGGGCAAGCCCAAGGGUCCGCCGCCGAACCUCACGGACUGCAUAGGAAGUGUUGACAAUCGAGCUGAGUCCAUCGACAAGAAGAUUGCCAGACUAGAUGCUGAACUAGUGAAAUAUAAGGAUCAGAUGAAAAAGAUGAGGGACGGGCCUUCGAAGAACAUGGUCAAACAGAAGGCACUGAGAGUUCUAAAGCAAAAGAGAAUGUAUGAGGGCCAGAGAGAUAACCUCAUGCAACAGUCCUUUAACAUGGAACAAGCUAACUACACAAUCCAGACUCUCAAAGACACUAAAACCACGGUUGAUGCCAUGAAAAUUGGAGCAAAGGAAAUGAAGAAAGCCUACAAGAACGUGAAGAUUGACCAGAUUGAGGAUCUUCAGGAUCAGCUCGAAGACAUGAUGGAAGAUGCCAAUGAUGUGCAGGAGGCACUGAGCAGAAGCUACGGCACACCUGACAUUGAUGAAGAUGACCUGGAAGCAGAGCUUGAUGCCUUGGGAGAUGAGCUGCUGGAUGAGGACAGCUCUUAUCUGGAUGAGGCCGCCACAGCACCCUCCAUCCCAGAAAGCCUGCCCGGUGACAAGACUACUAACAGGGAUGGUGUUCUGGUGGAUGAAUUCGGUCUUCCACAAAUUCCUGCAACUUAAGAUGAACACAUCAAUGGCAGCACUCCUGUCGGUUUUAUAUGUACUAUAGGCUUGUAUUUAUCCAACUGACACUCCCAGCUGCUGAUGGCAGCAUGCAAAAUUCUUAUGCAAGUGGCUCCAGUUCAAUGAAUGAUUGCAUAUACUUUUUUCAUGAAAUCAGAGCAACUUGAUCAAUAGUUAUGAUUGUAGGUCUCUUUUCUAUGAACAAAUCUUCCUCUGAAAUUAUUCUUGAAAUUUUGAUUCGCUAUCUUUCUACUGCAGCACCGUGUUACCAACAAAAUAAAUUAUAUUUUUCAAACAAGCCUUAUG